GGAGUGGAAGAUAAGGCUCAGGGCCACAGACAUCUGCGUCAGAGAUAGGAGGUCUCAAUGCCAUGGGCAGGGGCCACUCUGGAUUGCAGGGCGUGGGAAGGACUGGGGAGACCAGGAUGAAAAGGGUAGAAGAGGACCCGAGGUGGGAUGCUGAGGGCAGAGUGGGGAAGCAGGGGGCAGACCCUGACAGAACGGGCACAGGGCAGGGAGCGGGUUCACAGUUGGCAGGGCUAGGUGAGCUAUGUCGCCCCAUCUGCCACUCUUGCUCCUCUUGCUGCUAUCCCCAAAGAGUGGGCAUGGCUGCCAUGGGCCAGAGCUGGACCGGGCACUUGUGCUGGCCAAGGUGAGGGCCCUGUUCUUGGAUGCUCUGGGGCCCCCCACACUGGCCGGGGAAGGAGGGGAUCCUGGAGGCAGGCGUCUGCUCCGAAGACAUGCCCAGGGGGGCUUCCUGCGCAGGGGCUCUGAGCCCAGGGAGGAGGAGGAUGUCUCCCAGGCCAUCCUUUUCCCAGCUACAGGUGCCAGGUGCACGGACCAGCCAGUGGCUAGAGAGCUGACCCCGGAGGCGGAGGACGGCCUCUUCACAUACGUGUUCCGGCCAUCCCAGCACAUGCGCAGCCGCCAAGUGACUUCAGCCCACCUGUGGUUCCACACGGGACUGGACAGGCGGAGCAAAGUGGCUUCCAAUAGUUCUGGGCCCCUGCUAAGCCUGCUGGCGCUGUCGUCGGGGGUCCCAAUGGCCGUGCCCAUGUCAUUGGGCCAGGCACCCCCUCGCUGGGCGGUGCUGCACCUCUCCCCCUCUGCCCUCCCUCUGCUGACCAACCCGGUCUUGGUGCUGCUGCUCCGCUGCCCUCUCUGUUCCUGCUCAGCCGGGCCCGAGGCCACACCCUUCCUGGUGGCCCACACCCGGGCCAGGCCACCCAGUGUGGGGGAGCGAGCCAGACGCUCCACUCCCCCGCUGCCCUGGCCCUGGUCUCCCGCCGCUCUGCGUCUGCUCCAGAGGCCUCCGGAGGAACCUGCCUCCUAUGCCGACUGUCACAGAGCCGCGCUCAAUAUCUCCUUCCAGGAGCUGGGCUGGGAACAGUGGAUUGUAUACCCACCCAGUUUCAUCUUCCAUUAUUGCCAUGGGGGAUGUGGGCUGUCUGCCCCACUGGACCUGUCCCUGCCGGGGCCCGGGGUUCCUCCCACCCCUGUCCAACCUCUUUCCUUGUUGCCAGGGGCACAGCCCUGCUGUGCUGCCCUCCCUGGGACCAUGAGGCCCCUACGUGUCCGUACCACCACAGAUGGCGGCUACUCUUUCAAGUAUGAGACGGUGCCCAACCUUCUCACACAACACUGUGCUUGUAUCUGAUGGCGUCCUGCUGGUAGCCAAGUCCGCACCCAUCACCAGCUGGAAGAAAGGGCAGAGUUCAGAAAAUGGUUGGUUCCCACUGCCCCCUCCUUCCGUCUCUCUCUGCCCCAGGGCUCCCUUCCCCAUCCCUCCCCUGUCCCAUGGGUAACAUGGGACAAUAAACAGCACAGUGCAUAUGA